CGCUCUACUGUUUGCAUUGUGUCUGAACUGCCGGCGAGCUUUAAAAAUAUUAUACCCACCGCGGCAAUGUCGGGCAGGUCGGUCCGAGCUGAGACCCGGAGCAGGGCGAAAGAUGACAUCAAGAGGGUUAUGGCCGCUAUUGAGAAAGUACGAAAAUGGGAGAAGAAAUGGGUGACUGUAGGAGACACGUCCCUUCGUAUCUACAAGUGGGUGCCAGUGACAGAGCCUAAAUCAGAUGAUAAAAAUAAGAAUAAGAAGAAGGGCAAAGAUGAGAAAUACGGCUCAGAGUUGACGACUCCAGAGAACAGCUCCUCUCCGGGGAUGAUGGACAUGCAUGAUGACAACAGCAACCAGAGCUCCAUCGCUGACUCGUCUCCAGUGAAACAGGAAAACAGUUGUAGCACGAGCCCCGCCCCCGAGCCCACCAACACGUCUCACCGCGAGAGCAGCGAGGCCAAGAGUGACCAGAGCCCGGACAGCAAGAGGGGUAAGAUCACCCCAUCAUCAGAGACCUCAGAGAGAGCACAAAGUGCCAAGAGAGACAGUCUGUCCUCAGGAGAGAAGGACUCCUCAGACAGUAAAGCCACUCAGGAUCUAGAAGACGAGGCCCCGCCCAGUAAGAAAAGCAAACUGGAGUCUUCACCUCCGGACUUUGAGGAGAGUUAAAUGUUUGUCUCCUUCCCCUCUCCUCUCUCCCUCCCUCUGUACCUCCCUCCAUUAACUCUAGAUACUUUAGGGCUAAUGGACACACCAGCUCUCUUCCCACCCCUCUUAUCCCUUCCACCUCCCCCUCUACCCAAACUAUACCAAAGGGAGAAUGGACGUCUCUCUUCCUCCCCCUCCCUCCCCUCCUAACACUCCUCUGCCACAGAGGGAGAAUGGAUAUUACCUCUAUUCACUGGUCCCCCUCCGUGCUUCCUUCCAGUUCUCCACAACUUCUUCACUAAUGCCAAGAGAAGCUCUGAACCCGGGGCUGCAGUCCCCCUCUGCGACCAGGGGGGCGGCGCUGUCAGCCGAGCUCCAGCCACCACCAGGCCAGACCACAAACACUGACCUGCACCUGUGACUAAAAGAGUUAACACUGGGGAUCUGAAUUUAGGACGAGGUUGGUCCCGGGCGCUGCUCUGAGAGCGUUUUUGAAUACUGCUAGCUUAGAGGCUAACCUGGUCUCAGAUCAGCAGCUGCGAGGGAGAACCUCCGCCCUAAGACCACGUCACUUCAAUCCUCCUGAUUCGCCUCCUGUUAGACUAAUGUUCUAUAUUUGUUUAGGAAAUGUUUAGGGUUUUUUUCUCAGGAGGGUCAAUGCACUGUUAUGGUAUGUCACAAUCGAUCACAGAUAGAUUUGCUGCUGUAGUGAAAGUCUUUUUUCUCUAUCCAUGGAAAGUUCUCCAUUCACAUGUUUAUUAAAGUGAGCUAGCUUGUGGUUUGUAGAAGAAGACGGUACUGGUCAAGAUAAUGAACUCUUUGGAUAAGUAGUGAAGCAAAACAUAGGUAGCUUAGGUCCUGAUGGUGUGCCUUGAGUUGCUACGAAUAUAUUUAGGUCAAACAGGUUUUGAAUCACAAUUCUGGUGCCAUGUUUUAUUUGUUUUUUUUUUGCCUUAUCAUUGUCACUAAUUAGCAUUAUCCAAUAUUUAUAUUCAACUACAGUUUAUUUGUUUGUAUUUGAAGGAGCAGAUCAACAUUUUGGGGAAUACUUUCAUGAUUGAUGAGUAAAAUGCCACUCUUGUAGCCCCUUAGCAUAAAGACUAGAAACAGGGAAAAUUAGCUGGACAAUUUUUGUCUGAAGCUGAGGAAGAAAUCACACACAGUGCUUCUAAAGCCCGUUUCAGACUGGCUGCGUGAUUAAGUUUACCUCAAUAAAUACCCCUAUAAGUGA